AGCAAUGGGUUUAAAAACGCGUGGCUCUGAAUAAUUACCACUGGUGUAAAGCUCUAUAUUUCUCGUAACAUUUUCACUAUGCCGUGUGUGUGUGUGUGUGUGUGUGUGUGUGUGUGUGUGUGUGUGCCGUCACCUGCGUCUCAUCAACACCUGUGAGUGGGUGCAGGUGUGCCGGCCGUCACUCAUCCUCACGCCGCCGAUCCCCUGAGCCAGAAGCCGUACAGGUGUGGACGUGUGCCUCCGAGGGUGUACAUGUGCUAGUUUCAGGGAGAGGGAGGGGAGGGGGGAGGGUGGGGAGGGCGGCGUGCGUGCGUGCGGGCCCCGUGGCUGCAGGAGGCGGAGUGGCGGGCCGCGGCGGGCGUGUGGCAGCAGGAGGGCCGCGGCGGGAGGCUGUGCGCGAGUGAGGCGGCCCGGCGGUGUGAUGGCACUGGCGGUGGCGGUGCUGCGGCGCGCGUGUGUGGUGCAGGGACUCGGGGAGGUGGUCGUCAGUAUGCCGCUGGCCAGUGAGGGGAGCGGGCUGCUGUCGUACGCCCCCGACACGUCAUGGGGGCCGCGCCACUCUGCUGGAGGGGGGCAGCGCUCGGAGGGACUCUGGGCCCGCGGCCUCCUGGGGCACCGCCCGCGGCCGCCCAGUGGACACAAUACACUGUUUGCGACAGAACCCGAGGGGGGCGGUGCCCUCCUGAAGGUGCGGGCGGUGGUGGCAGUGGUGGAGGGCACGGUGGGGGAGGUGGUGGUGGGAGGGGGGGGUGUGGGCGUGCAUGGGCGUGGGUGGUGGUGGCGGUAGCAUGGGCGGUCGUGCUGGCGCCCACCUGCCACGCCAACCCGGACGCCAAGAGACUCUACGACGACCUGCUCAGCUCCUACAACAGACUCAUCCGCCCCGUCGGCAACAACUCCGACAGGCUCACCGUCAAGCUGGGCCUCAAGCUCUCCCAGCUCAUCGAUGUGGUGAGUACCGUGCCGCAGGGCUCACCACGCCCUCUGCUGACCCUCCGCGGGGCACCGCAGCGCCCCCCGCCCCUCGCCGCCGCUCCGGGCACGAGGCGGGGGCGCGAGGGUCGUCCCGAGGCAACUUUAGGUGCGGGCCAGCGGUGGGCGGAGUAGCUGGUCGUCGCCUCACAGUUAUCGACACGCCUCCUGCCACAGGCCAGCCCGCUCGGCCGCCGCCGCCGCUGCGGACGUCCCCGCAUACUGACCGGCUGCCCGCUGAUCCUGCCGCCGCUCCUGCUGCUGCAGUCUUACCCUAAAGCCGCUUACCAGUCCUGCCGCCUUUGUAAAGCCUGCCGCGGCCAACACGGUGCUAACGGCGGCAUUAAAACUUUCUAACAUAUCCUGGCCCCGGCGGCAGCAGCAGCAGCAGCGGCGGCAGAACCUUCAACAGGCGCCGUGAUCAAUGCCUGACCCUCACCACAUCACGACACGGAAAUAGGCAAAUUAACGGUG